AUGACGGAUGUUAUGAGUAUUAGGGAGCAGCAGCGCUGUACACUGCAGUACUUUGCUGUUGACCUUGCAGCUGCAGCUUUCGCUUCUGCUUUGGUCACUCCCUGGGUGACAGCCAUUGAUAAGCUCGUCUUCAACAAAGCAACCAGCAACACGUCCAUCAAAUCCUCCAUGCGAAAGUGGGCAUCCAAGCCCAAGGCAACAUUUGCUUCUCUCUUCAUACCAUUCCUCGUCUACUUCGGAACCUACGCAACGGCCAACAUGUUCGAUUCCUUCAACGCCGUCCAAUACGACUGUGACCCCUCCAUCGUCUGCUCAUCCCCCGCCAAGUUCGCCGCUACCACGACCGUCAGUUCAGGGCUGAGUAUAUUCAAAGAUGCGUACUUUUCCAGAAUGUCUUGUGGCAUGUCGACUCCUCUGCUGAGCUAUGCACUGUUUACCCUGCGAGAUGCGGUGACUAUAUACGCUUCGUUCAACCUGCCUACCAUGAUUGCUCCCAAGCUUGCCGAGUUCCCCUUCGCGUCGAUUACCCCGUUUGCCAACAUUUUUCAGUCCGAUGAUGCAAGGCUUAAGAUGGCUCAGCUGUUUAUGCCAGCUGCUUCGCAGAUAGUCAGUACUCCGAUUCACCUGCUCGGUCUGGACGUCCAUGCUCGUCAAGUUCGCAUGACGAUCAAAGAUCGGAUUAGUGUCAUUCGGCGCUACACUGGCUUUGCUACACCUUUACGUAUGAUACGAGUCUUACCUUCGUUUGGUAUUGGCAGUGUCGCCAAUACUGGUUUUAGAAGGAACAUGAUGACUCGGGUGGUUUGA